AAUUAAUUAAUUAAUGUUCACGAUCGACGAUCGAUCGACUUCUCUUGUGUGGGACGCAUGCAGCUCCUAUAAAUAAAAUACAGUGCACCUACACCACGUUGUUGCGAUUCAUCGAUCGAUCGAUCGAUCAAUGCAGAUCAUUCCGGAGAAAAUUCGCAGUCUGUGGAGCGAGGAAGAAAUCCGCAUCCUCGUCCUCUGCAGCCUCCUCCUCCAGAUCAUCCUCAUCUCCUUCUCCCUCUUCCGCAAGCGCAGCUCCAACAAGGCCCUCAGCCUCCUGCUCUGGCUCUCCUACCUCGGCGCCGACGCCAUCGCCAUUUUGGCCCUUGGCAACCUCCUCAACCAGCAGAACGACGCGGUGGAGGCCAACACCAGCGGCGACAUCAUGGCCUUCUGGGCCCCUUUCCUCCUCCUCCAUCUCGGUGGCCCCGACACCAUCACCUCCUACUCGCUCGAGGACAACGAGCUCUGGCUCCGUCACCUCCUCAACCUCGUCGCCGAGGUCGUCGUAGCCGUCGCCGUCUUCCUCGAAUCCCUCCCGAGCCCCCAUGUUUGGAAGCCCGCCAUCGUCGUCUUCGCCGCCGGCAUCCUCAAGUACGGCGAGCGCACGUUGUCUCUCCGCUCGGCCUCCAUGGACCACCUCCGUGAGUCGAUGCUCAGCGAGGCUGACCCUGGCCCCAACUACGCUAAGUUCAUGCAGGAGCUCCACUCCCGCAAGGAGGCCGGCGUCAAGGUGGAGAUCAAGAUUGACAAGGAGCCCCCGCCGACGCUCCCGCAGCAGGAGGCGGAAGAGAUCCCUAUGGCGGUGGUCAUCUCCAUGGGUUACCACUUCUUCCAGAUCUUCAAGCGCCUCACAGUCGACCUCAUGCUCAGCUUCCAAGACCGCAUCGAAAGCCAGAACUUCUUCGUCCGGUUAAAGCCGGAGCAGGCGUUCCAGGUGGUGGAAGUGGAGCUCUCCUUCCUCCACGACAUCCUCCACACCAAGGCAGUCCAUGUCCACAACACCAGAGGCCGGAUCACUCGCGCCGCCUCCCUCUCCAUGGCCAUCCUCGCGCUCCUCCUCUUCUACCACCGCAGUGGCAAGCACUCUAGCACCUUCAAAGGCGUCGACGUCCUCAUCACUUAUUUGCUCCUACUCGUCGCGAUCGGGCUCGAGAUCAUCGCGAUUUUGUUGCUCAUCUUCUCCGAUUGGGCGAUCGUCGCGCUGCAGAUGAGCACCAGUGGCCGGCUCGAGCAGCCCUGCAUUGCAUUCCUCAAGAAAAAGAUUGGGACGCCCAAAUGGGGCGACGCCAUCAUCAAGCUCCGAAAAGGAUUCCUAAGCGUCUUCCCUAAGUGGUUGCUGGGAGACACCGAGCGGUGGUGGUCGAACAAGAUGCGACAGCACAACCUUCUCAGUGUCUGCAUCAGGGACUACAAUCGCACCAAUCUUGACCGGAUGCUGGAGUUGAUAAAAUUGAAGGGCGUGAGGAAUCAGUUGUGGUACGUGAGGUCCAUCCAGGUGGAAGACGUUAUAAAAAGGAACAUCUUCGGCCAGUUGAAGACGAAGGCCCAAAGCACCGACGGCCUCGCUGAAAACUACAAGCGCCUUCGGGCGUGCAGGGGCGAAUGGGUGCUCCGGGAGAAAGGAUACACUACGGUCAAAUGGAGCGUCGAGAAGGAGUUCGACGAGAGUAUCCUGAUAUGGCACAUCGCCACCCAUCUCUGCUACCAAAGUUUCAAGCGAGCGGCCGAUAACACCGAAGACCCUAAUAAGCAAGUUUCUGGGGUAAAAAUUAUUCAAAUUGGAAGAAAAUUGAGAUCAUGGAUGAAGAGUAUAGGAACAAUAUUGACGCAAAGGGUAAAGACGAUUCUGAGAAGAAGCCAAGACCACUCGACAAAUGAAGUAGGAGACGAGGAGGAGGAAUCAGGGGAUGUGGAGAAUGUUGAAAAUGAAGCAGGGUCUUCUGAGCCAUCCGCCGUCGGCGAGACAAUUAAGAUAAAAGAUUACGUCAAAAUAAGCAGGGAGAUAUCCGAUUACUUGAUAUACCUCGUGGUGUAUCAGCCGAAGCUGCUGCCUGCCGGCAUCGGGACGAUCAGAUUCCUAGACACCUGCGCCGAGGCCAAGAAAUUCUUCUCCGACAAGGAGACCGAGAUGAGGGAGGAAUUGCGGAAUGAAAAAUCUAUAGAGGAUGAGAAGAAAUCAUUUCUUUUGGGGUUCCUCUUCUUCCUUGUUUCAACAGUCAAAAAGUCCUUUUUUAGGAUUUUGGGGUUCCUCUUCAUCCGACCGAUUGGAACCGAGAGAGUGCUCGCCUUGAAGAAGAUCGCAGAGACGAUCCGGGAGGGGUGGACCGCGAUCACGAAAAUGACGUUGCCGAAGAUGAUCCACCAGUUCUUCUGCUUUUGCAUCGAGGUGGCGAAGGAGAUGCGACCAAAGAACAAACUGGCGACGCAGGAGAAGAUGGAGGAGCUCGGGUGCAAGAAGCUGAUGGAGGUGAGGACGACGGUGAAUCCCAUCGACGUGAAGGGCGACCGGAGCAAGUCGGUGUUGUUCGACGCGGUGAAGCUGGCAAGGCAGAUAAUGAAGAACUUCAAGAACGAGAACGAGGAAGAGGAGCAAAAGAACAAGAAAGAGGAGGAGCAAAAGAACAAGAAGGAGGAGGAGGAGGAGGAAGAGGAGGAGGAGGACGAGCGGGGAGAGAACAAGAAGGAGAAAAAAAGGUGGGAAGUGAUAAGCUCGGUGUGGAUGGAGAUGCUGUGCUACGCUGCGGGGAACUGCGCGUCGGACGCGCACGCCAAGCAGCUGAGCCAGGGCGGCGAGCUGCUCACCCACGUCUGGUUGCUGAUGACGCACAUGGGGAUCGGGGAGCAAUACCGGAUCGAGGCCGGCCAUGCUCGAGCUAAGCUACUCGUUGGGACGUGACAGAUAGAGAAGAGCAUCGAUCAAGCAAAGCAAAGCAAAGCAUGUGUUUGUUAAUUUUAUUCCUUUCGAUCGAGCUUAUUUAUUAGUAGAUAAUGUAGGAGUGGUUUAAGUAAGAACUGACAUUGUUUGAUUUAAUCAAAGUUAAUCGA